GGAACAUUUUAAACGGUUUUCAGCGGGUGUUGAAGUCAAGUAGGACUAACGUUACUUUGUUGUGGUUGUGCAGAGCAAUACAUGGCGUAUUUUACCAUUUAAUAUAUAUAUAUUUUUUUUUUGUUGAUUAAGAUUGUUGAAGUCAUUUGCUAUUGAAGCGAAACGGAUUUUUAUUUUUUUUCUCGAAAACUGGAGGAAUUUUAUGGUCGCAACCAUGACCUCUGUACUGUCGUCGACGCAUACCCUGAUGCAGAUGUUUAACGGGAAGAUUCAGGAGUUCGCCAACGAAAUAGAAAAUGUCCACAUGGUGUGGCUCGAGGAGAUCCAGCAGGAAGCCAAUCGCAUGUUUUCAAGUGACUUCAGUGCGGAGCCAGAACUGAUGCCAAAGACUCCAUCACAGAAGAAGAGCAACCGUAGGAAGCGUCUAUCCGGUCAGAAUGAGAACCGCACCAAGAGGCGCUUCUCAAAGGGCAAACGCAGCAACCUGCGUCGCUCCUCCGUGUCCACCUCCCUGAACCUGAUAGCAGAGGAUGAGGGAGGGUCCCCAGUCACAAGGGAAGAGAUGGUCAAGCCCCCUCGUUCCCGCAGAGCCAAACGGACGACCCAGCCUGAGGCGGCGUCACCCGUAUGCAGCACCCGCAAAGGAGCUGCUCCGACCAACUCUCCGCCGGAGGAGAUGGAGUAUGAGGCUCAGAGCAAACACAUCCAGGAGGAGAGGAUGCAGCCAGAGGAAGCUGCGAGUAAGAGGGAGUCGUUCAGCUCCGUCGCCUCCCAGCCCCACUGUCUAACACCCCCCCAGACUCACAGUCACAUAGCUGAAGCCAUAGUCAAGGUCUCGGCCUCAGAGCAGCGUUCUGCAGAUCUCCAGAUAAACCCCAACCCAGACCGCUCUCCAAGCCGCAACGCCACUAAGAUGGCCAUCGCUGCCGGCGCCACGCCCCCGGGUCCCAGGCGGAGCUCCGUGAGACACUCCCUGACCGUGCGGCGCUCCCUGGCAGGGCUGAGACACAGCAUGACCCAGGAGUCUGUCCGCAGAGCCUCCAGGAGAUCCUUCCUGAAGAAGAAGAAGAAGGCUCGGCGGGGCAGCUCCACCUGCAGCAGUAACGUCAGCGAGCAGGAAGAUGCGUGGACGGAACCUGAUGGACAUGAGGUCCAGGUGCAGACUGACGGGGAGUUGUCAGAGGAGCCUGCAAAGACUAAGACCGACAGCCCAGCUCCCGAGACUUCUCCUGAGGAUAACACGGUGCAGGACCACCCGGGGGUUCUCAGUGUCACGGAGGUUCGUCGUUUCACUCGCUCCAUGGCCCAGACCACUCCCACCGUGCCGCCACCAGCCUCGAUCAUCAGCAAAGCCAAGACCGCCACACCAGACUCUGGUUCAGAUGGCAGUGGUAAGAAGCCACCGUCAAGUCUGGGUCCUCGUCUCAGUGCCAAGCGCAGAGCGGCUGCCGAUGAAUUCCAGAGCCCAAGGAAGAAGCCAUCACCCCCUGUUAAGAGCCAGAGUGUGAGGCCCAACAUGAGGUCGUUCCUCCACACGGUCCAGAAGAACCAGAUGCUGAUGACGACCCCCAGUUCUCUGGGUCGCAACAUGGUCAUGAAGUCCUUCAUUAAACACACCACGCCGGGCAGAGCCGACCUCAAGUCAGGCUGUGGUGUAGUGGAAAGGGAGCGCCUGAAACUGGAAGCACUAAAGAAGAAGCAAGAGCAAGAAGACGAGAGGAAGAAGAAGAUGGAGGAAGAGAAGAGGAGAAAACAGGAGGAGAUGAAGAAGAAGAGGGAUGAACGGCUGCGGAGGGUAGUCGAGGCCCGGGUGAAGGAAGAACAGAAAGAGGAGGAGAAGAAGAAGAAGAUUGAGCAGAAAAUGCUCCAGAUUGACGAGAAACACGACAAGCUGCGAGUGGAGCGCAUGGCAGAGGAGAAAGCCAAGAAGAAGGUGGCCACCAAACGCCAGGAGGAGCUGGAACUGAGGAGGAAGAUGGAGGAGGACGUCAGGAGGAAGAAGAUUCAACAGUCUGAGGAGGAGGAGAAGCGUCAGCAGGAGCUACAGGCGAAGAGGAGAGCCGAAGAAGAGCAGGAGAGGGCUCGUAAGAUGACCGAGGCCCGACGAGCCCUGGAGCUGAAGAAAGAACUAGAGAGAGAACUGGAGAGAGAGAGACAAGCAUCUGCUGAGAGGGAGCGGGUAGAGCGAGAGAAGGCCAUUGCUCUUCAGAGAGACGUGGAGAAAGCUGCCCGGGAGAAGGAGAGGAGAGAGUUGGAGAAGAGGAAGAGGGAGGAGCAACAGAGGCAGGCUGAGGAGGAGAGACGGCGAGAAGCUGAGAGACUCGCUGAGCGACAGCGAGAAGCCGAGAGACUCGCUGAGAGACAGCGAGAAGCCGAGAGACUCGCUGAGAGACAGCGAGAAGCCGAGAGACUCGCUGAGAGACAGCGAGAAGCCGAGAGACUCGCUGAGAGACAGCGAGAAGCCGAGAGACUCGCUGAGAGACAGCGAGAAGCCGAGAGACUCGCUGAGAGACAGCGAGAAGCCGCUAAGAGCCACCUGACUGCUGAAGUUCAGGUGUUGAAGACGCCUGUAGGGAAGGGAGGAGUCCUCAACGUCACUGUGGAUAUCGAGCAGUCUCCCCAGUCGUAUGAGAUCACUCCUAAAGGGGGGAACAAGCCCGUUGUUCUCAACACCAACCCUGAGGACUAUGGGAUGGAUCAGAACAGUGAUGACUCUACUGAUGACGAAUCGGCCCCGAGGAAACCCAUCCCCACGUGGGCUGAGGGCAACCAGCUGAAGCAGUCUAUGAUGAAGCAAUAUUUUCACCCAGCUGACGUGGACUCUCACUACGGGGCGAUUGAACCCCCAAAGCUGGAUCGUAUCUUCUGCAAGAGCAAACCUCGCUACUUUAAACGUACCAGCUCUGCUGUCUGGCACUCGCCACCUCGAAUGGGAGCUCUACCCCUUUAAGCACUGGGAUAAAAUGGUUUUAUUUUCUUUCAUUUUGGUAAUAUUUGUUCUUUCAUGUAUCAUAUUGAGAUUCCUAGCUGGCGGACACUUGAAGGGAAGUGUAAGGAAUAUAAAACCUUUUUUCUUUUUUAAAAAUUCUUUAAAAAAAAUAAAUCUUGUAUAAAUUUUUACAUUUCUUCUGAAUAAAAUGGAUAUAACAUCUCCAA